UCUCCAUGAAAGUGCCAGUCAUCCAACCAGCUCGUCACAUCACGAUAAACUUUAUUUAAUGAAUUACACUUUACUAUAAUUAAAAGUAAAUAGUAAAAAAGCAAUUGUUUAAUUUAAAUAAUAAUAAAAAUGGGUAUGGUACGUGCAUUAGAUCAUGAUAGAGAUUUUCAACCAGAAUUAGCAAUGGCUGGAAUGAAACUUGUGAUUGUAGAUUUCACUGCAACUUGGUGCCAACCAUGUCAAAGAAUAGCUCCAGUAUUUCAGCAACUGUCGGCACAAUAUCCAAAUGCUGUAUUUUUAAAAGUCGAUGUUGAUAAACUCCCUGAAACAGCAGCCAGUCAAAAUGUCAGUUCAAUGCCAACAUUCAUAUUUUACCGUAAUCGGAGUAAAAUAGACAUGUGCCAGGGUAACAAUCCAAGUGCACUUGAAGCUAAAAUAAUUGAGCACUACGUAAGAGGUGGUGAUGAUGAAGCUGAGGGUCCUGUUGCUGGACAUAUGGAUUUGUCAACUUAUAUUAUUAAGAGCCAGUGUGAAUGUUUAAAUGAAUCAGAUGAUCAUAAUUUAGAACAUGGCUUGACUGCUGAAGGUUCUGGUUAUCUUGAAAGUGAUUGCGAUGAACAGUUAAUUAUUUCAAUAACAUUUAGACAAGCUGUUAAAAUUCAUUCGUUGGCAAUAAAAGCACCGGCUGACAAAGGUCCCAAAAAUUUGAAACUUUUUAUCAACCAGCCGAGAACCAUCGAUUUUGAUAUGGCCGAUUCUAAUACUAGUGUUCAAGACUUGACACUGACGCCCAAGGAUAUUGAGGAAGGAAAUCCAGUGGCAUUGCGGUACGUUAAAUUUCAAAAUGUACUAAAUCUUCAAAUAUUCGUAAAAGAUAAUCAAGGAGGAUGUGAAACAACGCAAAUAGAUCAUUUAGCUAUUUAUGGUUCGCCAAUUCUUACAACAAACAUGGGUGACUUUAAGCGCGUCGCUGGUAAAAAAGGAGAGAGCCAUUGAUUGUCAUAAAAAAUUUCAAAAAUUAAAAAUACAUUUAUUGUUUACAA